AUGAGGGUCCCUGUGAAUAGUCAGUACUGCUUCUUUCUUUUCUGGAGGAUGCCCAUUCCAGAACUGGAUCCAUCAGAGCUGGGAAGCCUGGAUCUGUCAGAUACAUCCAUCUACAAGGUCAAGGACAACAGCAUUGUCAAAAUGAUCCAGCAAGCAACUGAAACAGAGCAGGAGAAAAUCCCUGAAGGUGCCCUCCUUUAGUGCAGCACCUUCAAGUUCUGGAGAACUCACAUUGCCAGCAUCCAAUCCUUCGAACUGGACUUACUCUAA